GCACAGGCGCACAAGUCUCGCACAAAUCCUCCGUCGCUUUCUUCAGUUCAUAAUUUUGAAGUUCUUUGACUCUACAUUCUCUAUCUUUUUGUGCACGGUCAUUCGAAAUCUAAUUUCCAAAAUUAGGGCACAAAAGAAUUAAUCGCCGACUAAUGCCGAAAACUUUGUUAAAGAUGUAAUCCGAGGGCAUUAAAGGAGUAAUUUAGCAGAAAUUUGAGGCAAAUUGAGUAUAUUUAUUAUUAACUUGCGAUUGUGUUAGGGUUUUGUUCUGCAUGAAGGGUCCGCUAGAUCGAACGAAGGUGGUGCUGCGGCACUUGCUGCCCACGAUUUCUCAUUCGGCGCUAAUCGAGCACGUCGAUUCCCGCUUCUCUGGUCGCUACCGUUGGCUCUCCUUUCAUCCUGGCAAGUCCAGCCAGAAGCAUCUAUUCUAUUCUAGAGCCUACAUCGACUUUAAUAGACCAGAGGAUGUUGUUGAGUUUGCGGAGUAUUUUGAUGGACAUGUCUUCGUCAAUGAGAAAGGUACCCAGAUUAAAACAAUUGUUGAGUAUGCCCCUUCACAGCGUGUUCCAAAGCAGUGGUCUAAAAAGGAUGGGCGUGAAGGGACCAUAUUGAAAGAUCCUGAAUAUCAGGAGUUCCUUGAAUUUCUGGCAAAGCCUGUUGAGAAUCUUCCUAGUGCAGAGAUACAAUUGGAGAGGAAGGAGUCGGAACGAGCUGGUGCUCCAAAGGAUCCUCCUAUAGUUACUCCUUUAAUGGACUUUGUUCGUCAGAAAAGAGCUGCAAAGAGUGGAACUCGGAGAUCCGUGUUGAAUGGGAAGCCACCUAAAAGGAGCAGUGGAGCAUCAUCUAGGACUCCUAGCUCAGGUUCUUCAAGAAGAGGAUCAGAGAAGAGGACUUCCACCAACAUGUAUGUUUCAAGGGACAGCUCAAAAUCAGUGAGUGGCAAAGACAAAUCUUCAUAUAUACUGGUCAAACGAGGUGAUCAGCAGUUCUCUGAUACGUCUGUUACUUUAAAUGCUGCAUCUGGAACUGCUGCAUUAGAAGAAGAAAGUGGUAUGGCACACUGUUGGAUUCUUGAUUAUUAAAUAUGUACUAUCUAU